UGUCCAUUAUAUUCAUAACUUAUCCUCAUGGCUCUGCCUAUUAAACGACAACGAGGUGUCCGACAACGUCAACAAGUUUGCAACAAUUAGAACACUUGAAGUGAUGUAAACUCAGUUGUCGCUCGAUCAACUAGAGGCGAAUUUAUCAGUGACUUUUUCGCUCAACUUAUGAUGGAUUUUAGUUAGAAAUAAGUUUUUCAACGAUACAAGCCAUCGAGGACAUACGACACAUGCAGUCGUUCAUGAACGUAUUUUAUACGUGAACAUGCAUGCGUGAGGCUGCCAAUUCGACACCGCCGAUACUGUAUAUGGCGAUUGUUUUCAUGUUCAUACAUUUGCAUUUACAAUUUAAGGAUGAGUACGAAAAAGACUGAAGAAGUACCAAUUAGGCUACGCUUGCGAAGCGCGACAGCAACGAAUAGAACCGUAACUACUACUCCUACGUUCAUAAAACCUAAGUCUACGCCUGUGAAGCACAAGUCUGCGCCUGUCAAGCGUCCCCGGAAAACAGUUUCAUUGAUCAAGGAAGGCUCCGUGCAGGACGCUACGACACAGACAGAAUGUAUCUCAAGCGCAAUCCGUUGUCCAAUCUGUCUUCUGGAUCUAGAUGAGCUUCUAUCUGAAAAGGUGAACCUUGUCAACGUUAAUGUCUGCAAGCACUUCCUGUGCGGCCCCUGCUUGACCGCGUGGUUAGCAAAACAGAAGACAUGCCCACUAUGUCGCAAAGCUCUUCCGGAAAAAGAGCCAUUCUCACAAUUACGCCUAACUUGAUAUUUUCCCAGUUUUCGAACGUUAUGCUCUGUUAUUUUUUUUUUGCCUUUAGCUGUAGUUGUAUGUGUGAAACCAUAAUGUAUAACCGUCCAUGUUCGCAACCUGGCAGGUAGAUAUUUGCGCUAAGGAUCAAAGAACACCCCCAACGUUCCUAAGUGACCAAAAACAAUGUAACUAAUUGGUCUGCGAUUUUUUUUUUUUUGUUUAAUUAAAAUUAGGGCUUAAUACUAUACCGUGUAUUCAUUGUGCUUGCUUGUUAGUUUUUUUUUACAUCACCCUAUCGUUUUCCGUCAGUGAGUCUGAUGGUGAUAAUAUGAAUCCGGCAAAACGGUCGAGUCCUUGUUGAUGUAUAUGUUAACUACCAAUUUAAUAUGAUCAGUCGUUCUACGCAUAUGGUCAAUACUUCAAUUUUGUCAAACCUAGAGGAACAGCGCACACCUCCCAGAGUCAUUGGAUUAUACAGAGAUAUUUUUUUAUUUAUGCAUUGUGAAACUCCCUGCACGUUAAUUCAAUAGCAAUUGUAAGAAAACCUAAAUUUCGAAACAAGCGUUUGUUCACUGGAUUGUCCAACAACGACCCAAGGAACAGCUAUCUCAUGUGAGUGGGGCUCCCAUUUCGACCCUAUAAGUUUCUCGAUCGCCGCUGAUGCUGUGCUGAUGUGAUCAAAAAAUCGCAUUUUCCAAUACGUUGAUAAACUGUGCCUUUCGUCGGAAACGGACGUUAUUAUUAAGAGGAACUAUCGUGAGGUAGGAGACGGUGCUGAACGGAC